GGAGAGGGAGAAAGAGAAGGAGACUUAGAAGGAGAGGGAGAGGGAGAAGGAGAGGGAGAGGGAGAAGGAGAGGGAGAAGGAGAGGGAGAGGGAGAAGGAGAGGGAGAAGGAGAGGGAGAAGGAGAGGGAGAGGGAGAAGGAGAGGGAGAAGGAGAGGGAGAAGGAGAGGGAGAGGGAGAAGGAGAGGGAGAAGGAGAGGGAGAGGGAGAAGGAGAGGGAGAAGGAAAGGGGGAGGGAGAUGGAGAGGGAGAAGGAGAGGGAGAGGGAGAAGGAGAGGGAGAAGGAAAGGGAGAGGGAGAAAGAGAGGGAGAAGGAGAGGGAGAGGGAGAAGGAGAGGGAGAAGGAGAGGGAGAGGGAGAAGGAGAGGGAGAAGGAAAGGGAGAGGGAGAAGGAGAGGGAGAAGGAGAGGGAGAAGGAAAGGGAGAGGGAGAAGGAGAGGGAGAAGGAGAGGGAGAGGGAGAAGGAGAGGGAGAAGGAGAGGGAGAGGGAGAAGGAGAGGGAGAAGGAAAGGGAGAGGGAGAAGGAGAGGGAGAAGGAGAGGGAGAAGGAGAAGGAGAGGGAGAAGGAAAGGGAGAGGGAGAAGGAGAGGGAGAAGGAGAGGGAGAAGGAGAGGGAGAGGGAGAAGGAGAGGGAGAGGGAGAAGGAGAGGGAGAAGGAGAGGGAGAAGGAGAGGGAGAGGGAGAAGGAGAGGGAGAAGGAGAGGGAGAAGGAGAGGGAGAAGGAAAGGGAGAGGGAGAGGGAGAGGGAGAGGGAGAGGGAGAGGGAGAGGGAGAAGGAGAAGGAGAAGGAGAGGGAGAGGGAGAGGGAGAAGGAGAGGGAGAGGGAGAAGGAGAGGGAGAAGGAAAGGGAGAGGGAGAGGGAGAAGGAGAGGGAGAGGGAGAGGGAGAGGGAGAAGGAGAGGGAGAAGGAGAGGGAGAAGGAGAGGGAGAAGGAAAGGGAGAGGGAGAGGGAGAAGGAGAGGGAGAGGGAGAGGGAGAGGGAGAAGGAGAAGGAGAAGGAGAGGGAGAGGGAGAGGGAGAAGGAGAAGGAAAGGGAGAGGGAGAAGGAGAGGGAGAGGGAGAGGGAGAAGGGAAGGGAGAGGGAGAGGGAGAAAGAGAAGGAGACUUAGAAGGAGAG